AAAAUGCUAAUUUAACUCUAUCUAGCGGUGAGAUUCCCAACUAUACCAACAGAGGUAUAGUUGCCAGUUAGUCAUCACAAGUAUUAAUACAGAGAGUGUACAGUUCUUGCUAACAUUAAGUCUUCCUGUGAGUGUUGGCCACAGGUCGUCUUCAGUCGUGGUCCAGCGGUGCGGCUGUGUGUAUAGGUCGCCGUGAUGGAGGUGUUUCGGGCUGCUGUGUUCCUUCUCCUUCAGAUUCUCGCUCUACACGACGCCCAGGCCGAAAACAGCAUCGAAGACAGCUUGAGGCACGAGGCAACGGAACACCGCCGAAACACUGAAGAUUAUCGCUGUGAGAAAGACUCGGCCAAUCAAAUCUUCCCCGAGGUGGUCCGAAGAGAUCUGUUUGGAGGCUCUGAAGGUCAUUAUAAACUAGUGGCUAGUAAGAGUAAUACUCAACAUGGCGUCGCGAGUCCUGCUGUACUGACGCGCGGUAACAAGACGACAGUCGGCAGUAAAGUAGUGUGUAAUCCUCUGUGGAAGUUUGAGUGCAGGAAUGGUGAAUGUAUUCCUAAGAACUUCCGUUGUGAUGGUGACUCAGACUGCCCAGAUAAUUCGGAUGAGGAGGACUGCCCUAGGACCGAGAAUGGGAAGUGCAAAAGCGAUCACUUUUCCUGCGUUAAGGACAAUGUUUGUAUUCCUAAAUUGUGGAUGUGUGAUGGUGACAAGGACUGUGUGGAUGGUUCUGAUGAAGACCACUGUUCCUCGCUCACGCCGUGUGAAGACCGUCAGUUCAGGUGUCAUCGCGGCCCCUGUUUGUCCCCAAGCUUCCUGUGUGAUGGCUCUAAAGACUGUCCAGAGGGUGACGACGAGAAAGACUGUGAGACCCAGUGCAAGUCUGUGCCAGGUCACUAUCAGUGUGGGUCGGGUGACUGUGUGCUCCCAGAGGCGUUGUGUAAUGGUCGCCAAGACUGUGAGGACGGGAGUGAUGAAGGCGGUCGAUGUAAUGAAACUUGUCCAAAGGGGCAGUGUAGCUACAGGUGUUUCAUGACCCCAAGAGGACCUCACUGUAUCUGUGCUCCUGGCCAUCACCUCACUGUUGAUGGCUGUCAAGACGUGAACGAGUGAGGAAACGUGAGCGUGUGUGACCAUUUCUGCAAGAACGUGAUCGGCAGCUUCGUGUGUUCCUGCCACAAAGACUACCGACUGCAGCCCGACAACGCCACCUGCAAGCUUAGAGAAGAAGGGGGGACGGCGUUUCUCCUAAUAGCUCAAAGAGAAAGAUUGACGUCACUUGCUCUGGAUGGGUCAUACUACACACAGAUCUACAGAGGCAGUGACACGGUGAUUGGCGUAGGUUACGACCCAGUGACCGAUGUUGUAAUCUGGAGCACCGAUAAGGCCAUAGUGAGUGCGUCAUCGAGAGGAGGUGCCAUCCCGAAUGUCCUUGUUGAAGUGGGCUUGGGUCGGGCCGAGGGUCUGGCUGUUGACUGGCUGGGAAGGAACAUGUAUGUUACUGACGCGGUUAACCACUUCAUACUGGUGUGUGUGCUGACUGGGGAGGACUGCGUUGUGUUGUGGGAAGACCUACCUCACCCCAGGGGCAUCCAACUCGAUCUGGAGAACAGGUGCGUGUACUGGAGUGACGUGUCUAGAGGCGUCAUAGAGAAAGCAGGGAUGGACGGCAGUAGUCGAAGGGUGUUCUUAUCUGAAGGUCUCAAGUGGCCCAAUGCCCUGGCCCUAGACCAGCCUGCCGGCAGACUGUACUGGAUGGACGCCCACGAGGACUCCGCCUACAGCGUCAAGACUGAUGGCACGGACCGUAAGCACCUAGCCCAAGCCAUGCUGAGCCAUCCCUACGCACUGUCGGUAUGGGAGGAACAUAUUUACUGGACGGAUUGGAACAAUAAUUUCAUACACUCGGCCUUCAAGAGGAGCGGCAAACACACACAGAUUGUUUUGAAAGGAAGUUCCGAUAAGCAGUAUUAUGGCCUCACUGUUUACCAUUCCUCCAUGCUUGGUGAGAGUCAGAAGGGCACCAACCCGUGUAUGGUGAACCCGUGUAGUCACCUGUGUUUGCUGUCACCAACCAUUAGGGAAUACACCUGUGCUUGUCCGAGUGGCACCAUGAAGCUCGGUGCAGAUGGUCGCACCUGUGUUGACGUGGAGAACAGGAGCUACCCCGUGGUGGUCACGUCGAACAAACUCUACCUGGUGAAUCCUCGGGUCUAUGGCCGUACUACGAUCAAUGAAUGGAACCCUAACCUCGAGCUGACCACAAUAGGUGACCUCGAGUAUGACCCUAAGCAAAUGAUGAUGGUGGUGAGUGAUGUAUGGAACGAGGUCAUCUACGGGUUGUCGCAGGUCAAGGGGGUCUCUGUGGUGAUCGUCAACAACACACGGGCCGUCGGUCUCUCUGUAGACUGGGUGCGGGGUAACCUGUACUGGGUGGACGGUAAGCACGGUGUGGAGGUUGUGAGACUGACCGGGUCUAAAGGUCUCUACCGCACCUUGCUGCUCUAUCCCAUCCAAUACCCGACUGAUGUGGCGGUCGCUCCUCUGCUGGGGUUAAUGUACGUGAGUGGUGCCGGGAACUUCCCCUACAUCCUCCGCUGUGGACUGGACGGACAAGACUGUGCCAAGAUUGUCAAUACAGACCUGGGGAAACCUGUCUCUCUCACCUUCGACAGAGACCCUGAAAUAAAGAGACUAUACUGGUGUGAUGUAAUGAACAAGCGAAUAGAAAGCAUAGCAGCUGAUGGCUCUGAUCGUCGCCUCAUGGUUCGCACUACCGGCCAGCCUAUCUCCUUGAUGGUGACUGGGGCACAGAUAGCCUGGGCACUGGAGGACUCGAGCUUACUCUUCAUAGCUUCCAAAGUCAACAUGACCAACAUAGUUAACAUUACUCUAGCCAACAAGAUUAGCAGCUUCCCGAGUGUGUUCAGGUUGUCGGAGUUGGCCUGGAAGAUCCCUCCUACUAUGGCGACCUCCCGCAACGCCUGUUCUGAUAAUGGCAACUGUUCCCAACUAUGUCUUGGUAACGUCAAGAAUGAUCAGGUGUGUGGCUGUGGCCCCGGCUUUACACUCUCACACGAUGGAGUGUCGUGUCGUCCCAAUGGCUGUGCUCCACACCUCUUCAUGUGCACCACCACACACACCUGCAUACCUGCUAAAUGGAGGUGUGACGGCGAGGCUGAUUGUGAUGACGGUGCUGACGAACAAGGUUGCCAAGAGCCCGAGAAGUGUGAGGAAGGAGAGUUCAGGUGUAACUCUGGGAACUGUAUCUCUAGUACCUGGAUGUGUGAUGGUGUGAAGGACUGUACGGAUGGUUCUGAUGAGCCUGAACAUUGUGAGAAAAAGAACUGUCCAAGAGGUCAGUGGUUGUGUUCGUCAGGCGAGUGUAUUACCAAUAUGUGGGUGUGUGAUGGUGACAAGGAGUGCAGUGACGGGUCAGAUGAGGUCAACUGCAAUACCACCUUCUCACCACACAAGUACACCUGUAAAAACGGUGAUGGUAUCUCUCUGAUGUGGAGGUGUGAUGGUGACGAAGAUUGUGACGACGGCAGCGAUGAGAAGGACUGUGAAGAAACUUGUGGCAAUGAUGAAUUUGCAUGUGACAAUAAACAAUGCGUGUCGAUCCAUGCUCUGUGUGACGGGGAUGAUGACUGCGGUGACCGGUCGGAUGAGAAUGUCCCCAGCUGCCAUUCACGUGUUCGUCAGGAGGGCCCUCUCGUAGUCACCUGUCCUCCUAGUUUCAUCUCCUGUAAUCUAAAGGACACGAGUAGACUAAUACCACUGUGUAUACCCCACUCUGCUGUGUGUGAUGGCAUCAAGGACUGUCCGCAGGGAGAGGACGAGGAUUGUGCCCAAUGCCACCUUCAGGAGCAUCACUGCCCGAACUCUAGGCAGUGCAUACCCUUGACGUACGUGUGUGACGGUGAAGAAGAUUGUGACGAUGGCUCGGAUGAAGGCCUCCAGGCCAACUGUACCACCACCACCACUACCAGCACUAUCACCGCCAUGCCACCAUUCUAUGAUAGUCCAAUGGAGGAAUGUGGUGAUGAAGAAUUCCAGUGUGGAGACGGGACCUGUAUCGCCGUCACCAGCGUGUGUGACGGUGUGAAAGAUUGUAUGGACGACUCUGAUGAAGGUCACAAGUGCGGUCCCAGUUGUAGCAAUAAUAACGGAGGCUGUCAACACCUGUGUCACCCCCUCCCAAGCGGCCGUACGUGUUCUUGUAAUCCUGGCUUCGUCCUUGAUAACAAUGGUCGAGAUUGUCUGGAUAAUGAGGAGUGCGAGGAGGAGACGCUAUGUAGUCAGACGUGCCUCGAGACCAAAGGAUCCUACCGGUGUUCUUGUCUCCCAGGAUACAGCCUUCAACCUGACAAGAUAUCCUGCACGAACUGGGAAGGUCCAGAGUAUGUGGUGUUGGUGAAGAACGGUAGCUUGUCGCUGAUUAACCACAGGAACCUGAUCAUGAAAAAGGUCGACCUCCCGCUAGGUACCCAGGUAGAUUCCUUGGACUACGACCCAGUCAAUCGUCAACACCUUUAUGUGGAUGGCUCCAACGGCAUUGUUGGUAUGAUAAAAAUUAACCAGGCAGAAGGAAGUGUGUCCAGUAAACCUCUACUGAUGAACAGGAAGAAACCACAAGGCCUCUCCUUUGACCCCACAUCGAAGAACUUCUAUUACUCCGAGUUCAUCAAAGUCGGGAAGACAGAUGCAGCUAGUGGUGGGGUGGCGAAGAGGGACGCUGUCAAAGCUGGACUGAAGCCUGAAAUUGGUUUUUCUUUCUUAAUGGUGUGUACAACGGAGGGGAACUGCAGUCAAGUGGCUCGCAUCCAGGACUUCGAGAUUCCCUCUACCCGCGUUGCUGUCAGGGAGAGGCGACUCUUCUACUGUGCAAACUACCUGGGCCAGAGAGGAGAAACAGGCGUGAUCCUUAGUUCUUUCCUUGAUGGCUCCAGCAGACGGACACUGAGGCAGGGGAAGGUGGCGAGGUGUGGGAGCGUGGCGGUGGACGAGGCCAAGAGAAGAGUGUACUGGACUGACAUGGCUCUUAACACGGUGGAAUCUGUUACCUGGGAAGGCGUCAAACACAGGGUCGUCCAGAAGACUCAGGUGAUCUCGCCCAAGGGACUGACGAUACUCAAGGACUGGGUCAUGUGGAUCAACCCUGGUACUCAGGAACUCGUCAGGUGCCACAAGUACAACGGCAGCCAAUGGGACAGGAAGCCUCUUAACGACGCCGGUCUUGCCCUUACUACAGUCACGCCACUUCACUUUUCCGGAUCCGAUCUUUGCGAGUCGGCAGCUUGUCCAUACUUGUGUACGUCCUUCAACCAGACUGCCAAGUGCCUUUGUCCAGUUGGCUUCAAAGACUCUCUCACUGACCCAGGGAAGUGUGUGAAGCUGGCAGCAUGUGAGAAGAACCCCUGUUAUGGCCACAUCUGUGAAGCGCAUACAAAUACUGACUUCAUUUGCAGGUGUGAUGAAGGGCGUCUUGGUGCAAGGUGUGAGGUAGGGGAUGUGGCGAAGGCAGGGCAGACUAGUUCCUCAGCCACCACCACAGCUGUAGUCCUCAUUGUGUUGCUGGUCCUGGCCGCUGUGGCCUUGGGUCUGUACUGGCACCGUAAACACCCCUUCAUUAUCUGUAAGAGUAAGAGAGGAAGCAGUAGCAGGGUCUUCAAGUUUGUGAACCCGGCCUUUGGUGUGAUGAGUGACGAGACCAUUCUAAACAGUAGUCCGGUCCCCAGCAGCUGCCCCUCUAGUGACAACCCUCCUCCAUAUGCCUUCACCAACCCCCACCCCGGCCAUAACUUCGAGAACCCAUUCUUCAAGGCGGAUGACAGCCAGGCCAACACCAGUCUAGACUCUGCAGUAGCCAGCGCCACCGACUCGACUUCUGUCAACAUCAUCACCUCCCAAGUCGACCUGUCGUCACCAUUACCACCGGAGAUGAAGUUCGCAACCCCAGCAGAGAAAAAGUUCAAGUGGCCUUUAUCUGAUCCGUACAACCCAAGUCAGGUAUGAGGAGUCUUCAUUCACCUGUCCACCACUACACCUGUUCAUCAUUAACAAGAAUAUGAAAGUACAGGUGAGAAGAACGAAGAACUUGAUUUACAUCCUGAAUUAUGAAGAACAGUUUUUUACGUGAACAUUUAAAAUAACCAGAAAAGAACGAGAACAAGUGAGAACAGUAUAACAGACUGGAGGGGUAAGAAAUUAAUGAAAAUGGUCAAGGUAACGAAAUUAUAGUUUAUUUAUAUAUACAUAAAUAAAAUAAGUAUAAAAA